AUGGAGAGGGCUCGCGAAUGGUUUGCUCGAGCGAUCAACAUCGAUUUGGACAAUGGUGACGCUUUUGCAACGUGGUACAAAUUCGAGCUUUCCCAUGGGACACCGGAAGAACAAGAGCGAGUGCUGAAGAAAUGUACUGAUGUCGAGCCGAGACAUGGAGAGAAAUGGGCUGAAAUGAGCAAGGAUGUGGCCAAUUGGAAGAAGCGCCCCGAGGAGAUUCUCAAGCAGCUCGCCACACAAAUAGUCAUCCCAACA